CUUGAUUUUAAUUUGGCACGUAUAAGCUGAUUCAUUUCUCCUCUUUUAGAGGCAAUAACAAAGGUUUCUUUCCUGUUCUCGUUCUCAUUGCCGCGUCCCCAUUUAUUUUCCUUCCUUUUAUAUUUCUUGAUCUCAAUGUUAAAUAGCCAUUUAGGUUUCCGAAAAGAAUCAAACAAACACAAACAGUGUUUUGAGAUUGAAAUCUUUCUCUCAUAUAACAAAAAUGGCUAUCACUGCGUCUACUCCCCAUUCCAAUGCCACAAAAAUCAAACACUGGUUGUGGCAUACAGACAGUCAGAUUGUUAAGAGAAAUAUCAAAGAUGCACGAACCCUUAUUGCUACGCAAAAGCCAAUCGAAAUUAAUUUGGCUUUGAGUCUUCUUGAUGAGGCUUUGGCUAUAUCUCCAUGCUCUGAUCAAGCCCUUGAGCUUCGAGCGAGGUCUCUACUAUGUCUGAGAAGGUUCAAGGAUGUUGCAGAUAUGCUUCAAGACUAUAUUCCUAAUUUGAAAAUGGCAAAUGAUUCAGGAUCGGAUUCUUGUGUUGCAGAUCAGAAUUUGUUCGAGGGCUUCCCUGAUUUGAUGAAGCGUGUAAUGACUAAUCUCUUCAGAAGUGGCAGUAAUGAAGGAUAUUGGAGAUACUUGGUUUUGGGGGAAGCAUGUUUUCAUUUAGGCCUAUUAGACCAUGCAACAAUUCUUCUCCAAACCGGAAAAAGCCUAGCAAGAACUGCAUUCCGCUGCAGGAGCUCAUCUUGGUCUGAUGAUCGCUUCUCUGAAUGUAACAUAUCGUUCUCCGACGGCACCAUUUCAAGACCACCAACAACCAAACCAUAUCGGAGCCCUAUUUCAAGGCCGCCAACAACCAACCCAUCUCGAAGCACUCAAACUAAAUAUGAAACUAUAAACCAACUCCUUGCAAAGACAAAACUCCAUCUCAGUCAUCGCACCACUGCAAUCACUGCCUUUGAAGCUGGAUUUUACACAGAAGCCAUCCGACACCUCUCAAAAAUCAUAGACAGCUUUGGCACUCCUCAAGCAUUCCUUGCCGAAUGCUACAUGCUAAGAGCCUUAGCGUAUCGUUCUGCUAGUAGAAUUGCUGAUUCAAUAGCUGAUUGUAACAGAACGUUGUCAUUGGACCCCAAAUGUUUCAAUGCUCUUGAAGCUAGAGCAUCCAUUUUAGAAUCUAUUCAUUGUUAUCAUGAUUGCAUUCACGAUCUUGAGCGCUUGAAGUUGUUAUACAACAUGAUUCUUCAUGAUCACGAACUCUUUGAUUCUGCAUGGAAACCCUGCAACAUUCGCUAUGAUGAGAUUCCUAAGAAGAUUAGCACCAUAACCACGAGAAUAGAACAACUCGAACAAAAGAAGGACAAUGCUGAAAUAUUUAAUGUGGAUUACUAUACUUUGAUGGGGUUGCCACAUGGGUGUGAUCAAUCUGAAUUGGAGAGGGCCUAUCUUUUGCUUGAUUUGAGGCAUAAUUCAGAGAUUGCCACAUGUUUCAUCGAACGGUGUGAACUUGAUGAAAAUCAGAAUAUUCAGUUAAUUAAGGAUAGAGCGAGGAUGUUUGCUGAUUUGUUGUAUAAAUUGAUUGAAAAAGGGCAUUCAAGUGUUAGGAAUACAAUUAUGGAAGAAGAAUCCUACGACAAGUUCUUGAAUUGCAAUAAACAAGUAUAGAUAUGUCUUCUCUUAGCACUGAGAAUCCAAUGGCAUUUCAAGAUCUAAGGAUAGCAUGGGCGCUUAAAUUUUGAAUUAUAGGUUAGUAUGGGGACUUUAGGAUGUAUAUUUCUAUCUCUUAUU